AAAAGGAUGGAUUUAUGGAAGCUGUGGUCCCAGUGGAAGAAAUAACCACCUCCCCAGCCUCCUUCCCAGGAGGUAUCAACUCAAUGCAAGCCAAAAUUGUCCCCACCGAGAAGAUUCCUGCAGGCAUAUCUGCAAGGACAAAGGAAAAAGAGACAAGCCCUGCAAGGGGUGGCCAGAGCACAGCUUCCUCUGGAAUAGCUCUGGAACUGGUACUGUCCGACGGGGAACGCAAUGAACCUGCAGGAAAAGCAUGUGAGCGAUUAACCUUUCUGCAAGAGAGAGGAAAUGGAAGAGUGAAGAGGGAGCUGCCCCAGCUAGGAGAAAUGCUGUUCUGUUUAACUGAGAGAUGCCCAGAGGAAUUUGAGUCUUACGGUUGCUACUGUGGCCAAGAAGGAAGAGGUUAUCCUACCGAUGCACUGGACAGGUGCUGCUUCUCUCAUCACUGUUGUAUGGAACAAGUUAAGAAACUUGGAUGUCAUGCAGAAAGAAGUUCAAGAUCUGAAGUUGUAUGUUUUGAUCAUAAGCCAAAAUGUACUGGUUGGAGCACGUGUGAGAAGCUACUAUGUGCUUGCGAUAAGACAGCAGCCGAGUGCAUGGCUUCUGCCUUCUUCAAUGAAAGCCUUAAGUUUCCACACAGGCAAGAGUGCCAGGAGGAGAAAGUCUUAUGUCAAAGUGACCCGUAUGAAAGGCCUUCAGUCGGCACAGAAAUAGGCACCGGGAUUUCCAGCUCCGAGGAGAGCAGUGAGGAGGAAGGUCCACUGUGGAGCGUAUUAAGAAGAGCAAAGAGAGAGACACACCGUCCUGUUGGAAACUCCAGAGCUGUGCAACACGAAGGCAGAUAA